AUGCAAAUCUUUACCAACGAAGAAGAAACAUCUUUAUCAGAUUAUCUUUUAAGGGCCUCAAAACUUCACUAUGGAUUGUCAACCAAAACAACACCAAAACCUGUCUAUGAAUUUGCAAUGACUCUUUCUAAGCGCAUUCCUAAAUCGUGGAAAAGUUUACAAAUUGCUGGGAAACAGUGGCUUCGUAGUUUUAUGUUACGUAGGAAUGAGUUAUCUUUACGAAAUCCAGAAGCUACUAAUGUUCGUCUACAACACAAGUUUCAGCCACAAAACAUAUAUAAUGUUGAUGAGACAGGUCUCACAACUGUUCAAAAAAAAGUUAAAGUAAUUGCUAAAAAAAGAGAUAAACAAGUUAGAAGGAUAACUUCAGCAGAAAGAGGGACAUUGGUAACAGUUUGUUGUGCAGUUAAUGCAAUAGGAAACUCAAUCCCUCCAUUUAUUAUUUUUCCAAGAGUUCAUUUCAAAGGAACUAUGAUAAAUGGUGGUCCACCUGGAUGUGUUGGGGUUGCAAACCCAUCUGGUUGGAUGAAUGUUGCAACCUUUUUAGAGUGGAUGAAACAUUUUAUUCAAAAUGUGAAAUGUUCACCAGCUAAUCCAGUGCUUUUACUUCUUGACAACCACGAGGGCCAUGUCUCAAUCGUGUGUUUAAAUUUAGUUAAAAAAAGUUGCAUAACUAUGCUGUCCUUUCCACCACAUUGUAGUCACAAAUUGCAGCCAUUAGAUCAGUCAGUUUAUGGGCCACUGAAACGUUAUUACAAUGCAGCCUGUGAUGAUUGGAUUGUAUCUAAUCCAAGACCAACCAUUGGUUGA